AUGGUCACCUUUUUCCUCAUCUUCCUCUUAGCCAUCGGAACCCAAGGUCAAACCUCAGACGAUGUGAGUUGGGCCAAACGUGUAGACACAGGUUCACAAGUAGUCACAACCAUGCAAUUCUACUUCCAUGAUACUUUAAGUGGAAGCAACCCAAGUGCAAUCCAAGUGGCUCAACCGCAGUCAGGCAGCAACUCACUUGGAGGGUUUGGUAACCUAAUGAUGGUGGAUGACCCGUUGACCGAAGGACCCGACAAGAACUCCAAGCUCAUUGGACAUGCCCGUGGGAUGUAUGGUCAAGCUGCCCGAAAUGAGCUUGGGCUGAUUAUGGUUUUAAAUUAUGGUUUUACUGAUGGGAUAUAUAAAGAUAGUACGUUCAGUCUUUUGAGUUUAAACCCUGCUAUGCAGACAGUUCGUGAGAUGACGAUUGUUGGUGGUACUGGACUUUUUCGACUAGCGCGUGGGUAUGCUUUGGCUCAAACGUACUCGAUUAAUUCUAGUGGUGAUGCUGUUGUAGGGUACAAUGUCACGAUUUCUACUUAUAUUUAA